AUGCCUUUCGACAUCAACAAAUGUGCACGACCCAACAUCCUCGCUCUUGAGCCAUACCGAUGUGCAAGAGACGACUACAAGGACGAUGGCACCAACAUUCUGCUUGACGCCAACGAGAAUGCAUACGGUCCAGGACUUGCAUUGAGCGAAGAUGGCAAACUUGCCAAUGGCCAUGCAUCAAACAUCGAGAUCGAUCUUCUGGGUCUCAAUCGUUAUCCUGAUCCCCACCAGCACGAACUGAAGAAGAUGCUAUGCAACCUACGAAAUACCCACGCUCACACCAAGAAGGAUAUGACUCCCGAAAACCUGUUCGUUGGCGUCGGCAGCGACGAAGCCAUUGACGCUCUUCUGCGAGCUUUCUGCGCUCCUGGCAAAGACAAGAUCCUGACAUGCCCCCCAACAUAUGGGAUGUACUCGGUCUCAGCCCACGUAAACGACGUCGGCAUCGUCAAGGUUCCGCUGGAUGUCGACAAUGGCUUCCGAGCACAGCCCGACAAGAUCAAUGAAGCCCUCGCAGCAGACCCAUCGAUCAAGAUGGUCUAUCUUUGCAGUCCGGGCAAUCCCACUGGUAGUCUGGUCAGGAAAGAAGACGUCCAAGCAGUCCUAGAGCACCCAACCUGGAACGGCCUCGUAGUGCUGGACGAAGCCUACAUCGAUUUCGCUCCCGAAGGCUCGUCACUAGCAGAAUGGGUAGCGGAAUGGCCAAAUCUGGUCGUGAUGCAAACACUCUCGAAAGCCUUCGGCCUUGCUGGCAUCCGUCUUGGUGCAGCUUUCACAAGUCCCGAGGUGGCAAGGUUGCUGAACAGCUUGAAAGCCCCCUACAACAUCUCGAAUCCCACCUCCCAGCUUGCAAUCCAAGCCUUGCAGCAACAGAACCUGCAAGUAAUGCACAAGAACCGCGAGCAAAUCAUCCAGCAACGCGAACGACUGCUACAGGAAAUGCCGAAGAUCACCGGCGUGGGCAAGUUUCUCGGUGGCACGGCUAGCAACUUCUUGCUGCUGGAGAUGGUUGACACGCAAGGAAAGCCGAGCAAUGAGGUCGCACUGCAGGUCUACGAGAGGUUGGCAGAGAAGCGAGGGGUGGUGGUGCGAUUUAGGGGUAAGGAGCCUGGCUGUCUGGGUUGUCUGCGAGCUACGGUCGGAACAGAGGCAGAAGUGACGCGCUUCUUGAAGGAGCUCAAGAGUGUUCUUGAAGAUGUCCACGCUGGCCGGGUGAGCGCAGCCUCCAAGGUUCGUGAGGAGCAGAAGGAGAAUGAUGCCAAUGGCAUAAUCGCAUAG